UUAAGGGCCCAGAUGCUACCUGUCUGUUGUCCUCCUCUGAGAGGGCAAUUAAGGCAGACUGGUGCCGGCUAAAUGCCCCCUACUUCUGCAUGAGUGGAUGCAUCUUUUUAUCUGCUUCUCUGUCAUGAUGUCGUAUGUGCCUAGCCCACUUCGUGCCCACAUGCAUCACCAACUAAGUGGCCAACGCCUCUUUUUUUCUCUCCGUCAGCUGUGUGAGAGAUGUUUCCUAUGACUCAGAGCUCAGUCUGAACAUGACAAAGGUAGAAACUUGUCCCUACAGCAGCUUCUGUUUCAGAUUGGAAAAGGAAUUUUCUGCAACAAAUAGAGAGUCUUUUGAUGGUUAUGGAUCGUACUCAAGGACAACUAUGUCCAUAAAUAUUUGUGAAGUCAGACUUUUUUGUCGCCUGUUUGGUCAAUGAUUUCCAGCCAGUUUGACCUUGGUUGAAGACUUAUCCUUGCCAUGGUAAAUCGGAGGCAGUGCUUCCUUUUUGCUGGACUUCCGAUGCCUCUCAGCAACGUCCAUGGCCUAAACUGAAGAAAUGCAAGUGUCUUUGGAGGAUUGGAUCGCUCUCUCCGUCUACAGCUUCACCUUUCUGUUGGGCCUGCCUGCUAACGUUCUGGUCCUAUUCGUGUAUGUGCGCAAGGCCCGCAAGCAUGGCGCCACACCCAAUGUGGUCUACGCCCUCAACCUGUGCAUGGCCAACCUUGCGCUCGUGGCCUGGUUGCCCGUCAAGGUUGUGGAGACUUUGCUUCAGCACUGGACCCUUCCUGCACCUGUCUGCCCAAUCUACAACUUCUUCUUCUUCUCCUCGCUGUACGGCAGCUGCCUCUUCAUCACCGCUGUGACAGUUGGACGCUACCUCAGCAUCGCUUUCCCGAUUAUCUACAAGCAGUAUCGGCGCGCUAGUAUCUCCUGCUUCAUCGCUGCUGCCUUAUGGGUCUUCGUGCUCCUCCACCUCAGUAUCAGCCUGUUUGCUGAAGGAGGGGCUAACUUUGUCUCCAUUGAGGGUGACACCUCAAUCUGUUAUGAUCACUUCAACGCCUCACAGCUGGCUAUUCUGCUGCCUCUACGCCUCGAGAUGGCCAUCGUUUUGUUCAUUGUGCCACUUAUUCUGACGUCCUUCUGCACCUUACGCUGUGUUACUCUGGUGUGGCGCUCAAACUUGCGCCCUAUUGGGAAGAGAAGAGUUCUGACUGUUGCCCUGUCUACGCUGGCUGUGUUUGUGGUGUGCUAUGCGCCCUACAAUGCCACACACUUUGUAGGGUUUGUGUUGAAUGAAAAUGUUGAUUGGAGGGUAUACGCUAUGCUGACAAGCUCCUGUAAUGUUUUCCUGGAGCCGGUCAUCAUGCUGAUGCUGUCGCCGGCUGUGUCGCGGGGAAUCAUGGGAAAAAUCUGUGGACGGCAAAGUCAAUACAGCCGGAGGGAAGGGUGGAGGCAUCGACAUUAUAGUGCCAAUGGUGCAGCAAAUAAAAGGGCGCCACCUACAGUAUCUGAAAGGAGCCAGGCGGGGACUGAUGUAAUAAAGUAAGUCAAGAGUGAGGUCAAACAAAGUGGAGACCCCAGGGAUUUCUGGGAAAAAUCAUCAUCAAGGACCGUCUGGUGGAAGACAACCAUCCUUUGUGUCUGCCAUCUAACAGGCAAUGAAAAUAUAGUCCCUACUUCUACCUGGCUCACACACAUCCUUUCCAUGGAAGUACAAGAACUUGAUCCAAAUCCACUCCAUCAAUUGAUUCUAAAGAAAUAAGACAGUAAUAUCCAAUGGUGACUUCAAACGCAGUUAUUCCUGAUAGUUUUGUCACAAACUGGGAUGAAUGGUAGAAGGUGUUGUCAACUCGACUGUAACAAGGGACUACAAACAGACCUGAUAAUAGAUUGCUUCAGACCAAGGACCCC